CCAUCGGAAACCUUGGAAGCGUAUCAGAGAAGCUCUUGACUUCCACUACAACGGACAACAUGAAACGCCAAAGAAUUCCAAAGUAUGUUCUUUCGAUUUGGCUGUCCUUGUUGGUACUAGGCAUGGACGCCUUAGAUGACAACAUAGCCAUAGAAAGCAAUCCGAAGGAAGUGAUGGUUGACCGGAGAUCCGAUGGAUUCGGCUGGAGUUUCAUAACGGAAGGAAGUAAAAUCGAAGCAGAGCCCAGGAUGGAGAAACUGGAAUGGAGCUAUGACGCGGGAACACAUGUGGAAGAAGACGCUGACAAAAGAUUGGAUGAUCUUCACUGGGAUUCCAGUACGGAAAGCAGUUACGAAGACGACGUGGUUGAAGAACGAAUGGACGAUAUUGACUGGAGUUUUCUGACUGAGGAAACAACUAUAGUGGAAGAGGAAGCUGAGCACAGGAUAGACGACUUUAAUUGGAACUGGAACAUCAAGAGUUCUGAAGAAGAUGAUUCCGAAGACAGGAUAGGUGAAUCAAUCGAGGAGCGUGACGCACAUAAUCAUGAAUAUCGCCCCACGAAAUGGCACGGCAAAUUGAAGCGAAUUAAACAUCAUUACGGCCCACCGAAAGCCGCGAAAAGACCAAAGCCUCAAUACGGUCCACCAAAAUCGCAAUACGGAGUGCCUAAACGGCCACUGAAAUUCCGGAAGCAUCCGAAAUCAAAAUACGGAGCACCCAAGGCCCAUAAUCAAAUACCCAAAGGUUAUUAUGGUCCAUCAGAAUCAAAUUACGAGGCUCCGCCUUAUUCAGCUCCAGUUUCCUACUCAUCGCAACUGACGCAUUCCAUUCCAGCGACUCACAGACAACCGGAAUCGGUUAGCAAUUCAGCACAGCCAGCAGCAGUUAAUUACCCCACAACGGUAGAAAGUAGUCCAUCAAUUAACAUUCCUCCAUCAUCUCCGAUUCAAUCUCCUCCAAUUGCUGGCUACACUACUGCCCCUCCAGUCCAAAACUAUCAUCCUACUUCCAGUGAUCCGGUGAGCUACGAAUCUCCGACUCAUCCGCCUUCCGGGAACGAUUUUGGUGAUGCCUAUUUGCAAUCAACAGAGUCACCUGACCAAAAGCAGUCGCUUCAUCAACCGGUUGAGGACAAAAGCGACAAUCUAGGAUUCUUUGAAUAUGUAAAUUUUCCCAAUUUCGAGGAGAUUUUCAAACAGAUAUUUAAAUUUUGAAAGACAAGCUCCAGAAUUCCAAACAUGCCUGAAGCGUUGCUCAUUAUUCACUUAGAAACACUAAGGUUUCAGGAACGAAUAACCUUGGCUUUUACCCUCUCCCCCCCAAACGUAAUUU